CCCCCCAAAAACUCUUCCCCAAUUCUAUUCCCCGAUCAAACCGCCGCCAAAAAGCGAAUUUCCUUCAGGAAAGAUGAGGCGCCGGAACCUAAUCGUCGAUUCCGACGAGGACGAGGACGAGGACGACGGCAUGGGCACGGUCACCCCCGCAUCCGCCUCCGCCUCCGCCGCCGCCUCGGCCUCGGCCUCCGUCGCCAGCGGCGGCGGCAGCGGAAGCGUCGGCCGGCCCUCGCCCCAAAACCCUCGCCCCCUCCCGGUCCCCUUCCCCUCCCUCUCGCAGUCCUUCGACCCCGUCGUGAUCUCCGACGACGACGACGAGGAGGAGGUCGACGAGAUCGUGGACUCCGACGGGGAUUCCCCCAUUGUCGAUGCCCCCGAGGUCGCCUCCCCGCCGUUUCCUCCCGCUCCUACUUCCGCUCCCCCUCCUACCACUACCCCAUUUCGGACCCCAAACCCAACUCCACCUCCGGCCCGGACCCCAACCCCGACUCCGCCUCCUCCCGCGCCGGCUCCCCCUCCUACCACUACCCCGUUCCGGACCCCAACUCCGACUCUACCUCCGGCCCGGACCCCAACCCCGACUCCGCUUUCAGCAGCGCCUCCGCACCCGACCCCGCCGCCGUCGGCGCUGAGCGGGCGGCUGCGUCCGGUGUACGAGCUCCUGCGGGGGCUCGGGCUGCGGCUGCGGCCGGAGUGGCUCGAGUCCUGCGCCGCGGGCAUUCCCGGGUUCGACGGCCUCGGAGGCGCGGAGGCGCAGGCCAGGCGGUGCUUCGAGCAGUUCCUCUUCGCCGACAUGAACGCCUGCGGGGCUGGCGUGCUCCCGGAGGGCGUUGGGGGCAUGCACGCCGCCGUCCUCGAUGGCCCCUUCGUGCUUCAGGUUGAUGAAAUUGUCAACAUGUCAGCUCCUUUAAAGGAAAGAUAUCAUGAUGCGCAUGCGGGACCAAAACGAUGCUUAAAACUGUCAAUGACAGAUGGCAUGCAACGCAUAUUUGGAAUGGAGUACAGGCCUAUCAAAGAUCUGGCAGUUCUAGCUCCUGCUGGACUAAAGAUUGUUAUAAGGAAUGUGCACAUAAGGAGGGGUCUUCUUAUGCUAGUUCCUGAGGUUAUUGAGAUUCUUGGGGCCGUAGUUGAUGAAUUGGAAGCAGCGCGUGGUAGACUUGUUUCUGAAGUAAACAAACCACCUCGUGGCAAAAGGAAACAAGGUGGGUUGCCUUUGUCUUCAAGAGCCACCCUAGCUGCCUGGCCAUGUAGUACAAAUGUUACGGAUGGUGGUGAGCAAGGGAUCUCAAUGCCUAGAGCAGUUAAUUCCUCUCGUCCAACAGGAUUAGGUACUAUAUGGCCAUGUAGUACCAAUGUUACGAAUGGUGGUGAGCAAGGGAUCUCAAUUCCACGAGCAGUUAAUUCCUCUCAUCCAACAGGAUUAGGUAACACUUUCCAGGGUAGAAGUACAGAAACUUUGGUUGAAGAGCAUGUUAGCCCUCCUGUAGUAGUAAACACUGUCCAAGAGCAAAUUCAGUAUGUCCAAGAAAUCAACAUGGAGGACCCAUCUACUUUUCAUACCAUGAAAAAUACAGAAACGUCUGCACAUACUACCCAUGAAUAUGAUCACACUCAUAUCAUUGAAAGAAGUACACAGACCGUCGUAGAACAAUGUGUUGACCCUCCUAUUAGAGCAAACAAUGCCCAUGAACAAAUACAGCAUGUCCCAGAAAUCACCAAGCAGGAACAGUCUACUGCUUUUGGUACGACGGAAGGAACAUUGUCUGUAUCUACCCCUUUUGGGUGUGAUUCCCAACGUGGGUCACAUGUUAUUGAAGGCACUACUGCUAAUGAUGUGGAGGCUGCACGAUCUCCAAAUGUUGACAGGAUAAAUCAGAUGGAACAUUCUUUUAUUCUAAAUGGUGAAAAUGAAAAACCAUAUACAUACAUUUGCAGCAUGUUUUCUGACUGGGGUACACAACAGGAUACAAAAGCCUACAUUCAAGGAAAGAUCAAGGGUCUGAUCACUUCUGUUAAACGUUUCCAAUAUAGACGACGCACGACAUAUGAGCUUUAUGUAUAUAUAGAUGAUGGGAGUUUUAUUUCUGAGGCCUUUGUUGACCAUAAUAUUGUGGAAAACAUGCUUGGUCUUUCUCCUGGAGAGGUCACUGCAGCUCUUGCUGGUGAAUUCGAGUUUGCAUCAGCCAGUGAAGUAAAAGAAACUCUGAGAGGAUUUCAGAGUUUUUUGAUAAAUUUUGAGGGUAUGAUGCUUAUCGAGUUCAACAAAGACUCCUCUAUUCCUAUCAUACGUGAGUUGGACGAAGGCUGUUCAAGUUCUAAUGCAUGGCUUCUGCUGCGAAGGCUGAAAAUGUUUUCUUCUCAAAGACGCAUACGAAGUCUGGAUGCUAUGGAUACCACUCCAUGAUUAUUUGCAUCCUUUUAUGACUGCUGAUGGAUACACAAAUAUUGCUGUGGUUUCGAUAAGCCAGGCCAUUGGCCAAGUGCAUCUGUGAAGUAUUAGUACUUAGCUUCAGGCUUCCACCACCCAUUGGCUUCUUGUAUAUCUUAGCCUAAUUAUCUUUUGUGUGUUGGUGCUCAUGCUUUAUUCUGAACAUUUUAAUCCACCCUGAUGGCUGAUUCACAUCACUUGAUAUCCUAUAGUACUGUGAAAUUUCUUUGAUAGUUUAGCAAUAGAAAGUUUAUGAAUUUGAAGCAACUCAGGGAUCCAGAAAUGGUGCUAGUCCUAAGCUACAA